GGGACAGGCUGGCGGCAGUCCACUUCGGUGAACCCAUCGGCGAACGGGCACGAUGUCGCGAGGUCAGGCUCGGGUGUUUGAGGAUGCGGGGGAGGAUGAGAACCGCAAGGCGCAGAAGAAAUGCUGCGUGUACAAGUACAUCCGCGUGGGACAGAGUCUCGACGAGAGAUUCCGCGACAAUCACAUGUUGAAGUGCGUUUUUUGCGGCCACAAGUUCCAAGGCAACCAGUUCGUGGCGGGGCGCCAUUUUCGGCAGGGCAAGGGAUGUCCGGCAGUGACCGACGAGGCACUUGUCGACAUUCACUACAACAGUGACUACAAGAUGUCCGACAAGCUCCUAGAGCGGAUCCAGCGGUUUGAGGAGCUUCACGGUCCGGCGCCUGCGAUGGAUUCGCGACGGGACGAGGGGGGGGAGGGAGCGAUGAGGGAAGCCGAGGAGCGGAUCGACGUGGACGACGACGUCGAGGAGGUUGCGAGGGCAGGGUCGUCAGGGAGGGAUCGAGGGAAGGGUGUUGCCAGCGAGCCGGGGGGGCAGCAGGUCCAGUACUUUGCAUCGGCGCACGUGUCGGCUCGUGCACGAGCAGGUGUGGAUACGGAUGAGGUGGGUCCGUCUACGGGGAAGAGAAAGGAGAGAGAGGAGGGGGCGAGGCCGACGGCAGCACAGAAGAGGCUGAGGCAGAACACCAUCACGGAGUCAUUCUCUUCAAAGUGGAAGAUGGAGUUCAAGAAGAGGUGGCUGAGGUUUGUGUACAGUCAGCGCUUGGCGUUCAACGUCUUCCGGAGCGAGCCGUGGUUGGACGUCGUCCGGCACUUCAGGGAAUUGCCAGGGCUAGUGAAGGUUUUGUGGCCUUCAGAGAACGAGAUUGCGGACAUAGAGACCAUUGUCCACACGGCGGACGAUGUGGGAGCUGAUCUCGCGGUGGUCAGGGCUCCUUUCUAUGUCACGGGGACCACCAUUAUGUCAGACGGAAGGAAGUCACGCGAUGCUACACACAUCGUUAACUUCCUUGUCGGCGGGUCGUGUGGGGUGAUGCUCGUCCGAACAAUGAACAGGGAGGUUGAGCGGGAUCGGGCGCCUGAUGUGUUGACGAGCUGGAUCAAGGUGUUUGAUGACUUCCCCCCUAAGUGGGUGAACGCCAUCUGCACCGACUCUGCCUCGGCGUACAUCACCGCGGCAAACAUGCUCCAGGGGCCUGAGCAAAGGCCAGAGCGUCGACGGAUCACGUGGCUCCCAUGCGAAGUGCAUGUCUGCUACAAGAUGUUGUUGGACCGUGGAGGGCUGCACAUGUCGCGGGUGGUUGAGUGGACACAGGAUGUGGCCCUCCAGGUAGCAGAGGAGGUUUGUGCACUUCCGGUCGAUCUUGCACACUACAUUGUGCAGAGGGUGCAUGCUCGAUGCGCUCACAUGUUGGAGCCGGCGCACGCCGCUGCUCACCUUCUCUGUCCCAGCCGGCGGGACUUGCGGUACUUCGAGGGCGUAGUCAGCGACUACAACGCGAGCUUAGUCGCGAAGUUGGUUGAGAUCUCAGCCAACGUCCGUCUUCUCUCUCAUCAGCGGGCAGGCCGCGGGUUCGCACUACCGUGGACUCUAGAUGAGUCUUUGUUGGACGUGGAGGGAGGUAGCGGGACUCGCCCCUCAUGGAAGGGGACGGACGAGAGCAGGACGCGGGAGGAGCUCGUGGAUCAGAGACGUUCUUGGCAGCGAGACCCAUGUGGGUCCAGAGCUCCUCCGGGUGAUGUGGGCGAUGUUUUUGGGACUCGAGCCACCACAUUGCACCCGUACCCUCGAGACGACAGUGAUUCCGAGGGUCAUGAAGACGAGGACGAGCGGGCGGGCCCCGCUACUGCCACUCGUGCGGCAGAUGAGCGUGAUGAGUGGAGCGACCCAGAGGACGUCCGUAGACGGAGUGGCGGAGAUGACCUUUUCGUUGGACUUGAUUUGGAGGCGGAGUCAGGGGGUCGUCAUGGGAGCCCUCAAGAGCGUCAGAGGCCUACGUCCACUGCCCCGCGGUCCGCUGAGCGGGAAAGAGAUCCUGGGUUUGUACCUUCGAGGGGGGUAGAGUCGGGGAUUGGUGGGGGCGCCCCUGGCCAUCGUCCUGCGCAUGAUCGUAGUGGCAUGGCAUUAUCCACCGCUCAUCCCACUUCGACGGAGCAACUUCAUCGACACCCAGCCCGCGAUGGUCGAUUGCACAGAUUGGUGAGGAGCCCGAGACAGCGAUUGGAGGAUAGAUUAGUGGGCGGCCCUUCACCGGUCCAGGGGAACGAGGGAGAUACACAGGGGUUGGCUGGUGGAGAUGGUGGUGCGUUGGCCGGAGGUGGAGGCGGUGCCGAGGUUGCUGCGGCGGUUGAGGCGCAUGAGAUUCGGAGUGGCGGGGAUGAGGGGAUACCGACGGGUGGCGGAGGCGAUUUCAGCGAGUUUGGUGACCUGGGUAUGCCCCCGAGAGAGAGCGUGGGUCUUCCCCGGGGAGAGAGCGAGUCCCGUGGGGACAUCAGUGUGGGUAUGCAGGCCUUAUUGGGACAAAUCAGCUUUCUGGACCUGAACAGUUUCUCCCCUGCCAUGCGCGUAGAGGUGAUGUCGGGGGCAGAGGGGGAUGAGGACCGGACACCCCCUAGAGAGACAUCUGCAGAGAGGCGGGAUAGGCUUGAUAGUCGUCGAGCUGGCCUCAUGGCACAAAGGGACCCCAGGACGCAGGAGUUCGUCCGUGUUGCGGCGGAGGAGCGACAGAGACAACUGGGGACAUUUACGCCGGCGUCCCUUGACGUAGCGCCAGGUGCCCACACGGAUCCUCCGGCAGAGGUUCACGAUACGACGCAACGGGAGGUGGCUUUAACCAAGGCUUCGAUAUGGGAGUGGAUGUUCGGCAGGGGACGCACGAGAGCGGGUUGGCACCGGCAGAGGAGCCACAUUCCGAGCCGGUGCAGCCUCCUGCCGUCCAGCUGAGGCCCGAGGAGACGUUGCAUGAGAUCA